AUGUCUAUGGCUGAAUUUGAAAAGGCUGCGGAUGAGGUGAGGAGGCUGACCGUACAACCUAGCUACGCUGAACGAUUACUCCACGAUAUAGAACUAGCAGUGGUAUAUGGUUUGUACAAGCAGGCAACAAUUGGCAACGUCAACACGGAGCGUCCGGGAAUAUUUGACUUCCAAGGAGAAAAUCUAAAUGGGAUGGUUGGAAAGCACAGGAAGGAAAGUCCAAAGAAGAUGCCAUAAAAUAAUAUAUUGCCUUUGUGGAAGAAAUGAAAGCAAAGUAUCCAAUGUAGAGGUUAUCUUUAGGACAUUAGUGCACAUAUUUUUCUAAGAACCAUUUUAUAAUAAAGCAAUAAGGCACGAGGGGGUGUGGUAUAUGGCCAAUAUACCACGG